UUGGUUAGUUCAAAGAUGGCUGAAAACGUCAAAGAAGUGUGUAAAGACGAAAGUGAAAAGAAAGUAAAGAAAUAAAGUAUCAUAAAUUGUCCAUAAAAAUUAAAUAAUGUAAAUAUAUAAUCAAGAAAGUACACAAGGAAACGGAAAAGUUUUCAUGUUUUGCUUGGUCAUUCAACAGCAGCGCGAAGCCAAACAUAUGUGAAGCAGAGGGGAAAAUUUAUUUCAAAACACAUAUUUGGGGGAAAGAAAAUAUCCUUCUCCCCUUUGGUAAUUGAUAAUAUACAGCUGCUGUGCACACCUAAAAGGUUGACAAGACCCCCUUGGAAAGUGUUACAGCCAAGGACACACAUACAUACACACCAAAACAUUAGAAAUGGCAUCAACGAUGCAGCUGGAAUUCGCCCAGGCGAUGUCGGAUUUCAAAAUUAUGUUUCCCGACAUGGAUAGGGAUGUGAUUGAGGCGGUAUUGCGUGCCAACCAAGGAGCUGUGGAUGCCACAAUUGAUCAGCUGCUGCAAAUGUCAACAGAUAAUCAGAAUGAAAAACUACGCAACGAAUUGGAAAAUGUUUCGCCCCAAAGAAGUCUCAUCAAUUUGAGCGACAGUGAUACAGAGGCCGCCAGUCGUACUAACCGGCAACCAGCCACCGGGCAAUUAAUUGAUGUGGAUGAUAUUGAUGGCAUUAGCGGUGGUGGCGGUGGCGUCACUGGGCCUGUAGACAAAUCUCUGCCCUCCGCUGGAGUUUUAUUAAAUCUGGGCACUAAUUCACCAAAUCACAGCACAACAGGCGCCUCACCGAAAGUGAGACCGCCUGCCCAAUUGCAAUCUCAAAAAUCCUCCCAGGGUAGUACCCCCAAACGUAUGCAAACAAAUCGUAGCCAGGCUACAGGCAUCAAUCGACGAUGGAACCCACCCAUGUUGUUGCCUUUACCUUCAACAUUUUUACGACUCAAUCCCAUUGGCAGUGGUGGGGGCAAUACAAUUGCCCUGCCCUACGACCCCAAUCGAGAUUUCGAUUUACCCGAUGAACAGUUUGCCAUGAUGCUGCAAAAUGAGGAAUUCAUGAAUCAACUGCGCAUCAAUCAAGAAUUUAUGAAUGCCCUGGAAAAGGAGCAUGCCGGCAAGGGCAAGCCGGAUGGUGAUGCUGAUUUUAAGGAACGUCUAAAACACAUGGGAAAAAUGUCACGUAAGAAAUUCCUACAAAUGGCCCGGGUGUUUACUUGGCAGCGUAACAAAAAAGUAACCACAGCCAAGCAGAUUGAUUCGUUGCCAUUGAAAGAAGAGCCCAGCGACGAUGAGGAAAAUCAUCACCAUCAUCAGGCAAGGAAUAACAUCUCCGGUGAUCAUUCUCACACACAAAGUUCCCAACAGCAUCAGCAGCAACAACAACGUAAGUAAGUUUUCAAAGUGUUUGGCUAGCAGGCUACCAAAACAUCAAAAAAGAGCCCCAACAAAGAAUCGUUGAUGGCAGAGUAUUCCUUGAGACAAAGAAACAAAAAAAGCAUAGAAACGAACAAAAGCAAAGUGUAGAAAUUCUUAAGAUUGCUUAUCAUUAUAAUUUAAUUUGUUAUCAUAAGGCUUGUUAUAAUUUUUAAUUAUGUUUAUUUUUGGAUAAAAUCAAAUCUCAAAUGAAACGCAAUUAUACUACUAAGGCAGGCAUACAUACAUAGUAACAUGUAGGUAUGAACGUAAGAUACUUCACAUACAUUAUCGAAAUGUUGUUGUUUAGCGUAAACAAAUGUAUAUCGCAUAGAAAGAAACAAA